ACAAUCCCAGGUAUUGGCCCUGGUGCCAUUUAGUCGUACAUUCAAUACUAUCGUCGUAUUAUUCAAGUGCAUGCUGUGUCGCGUUUUGGCAAGCCAACAAUUAUCAGUUACUUGUGUUCGCUGCUAUUACAGGGAAGGUCAGUUGAUAUUUUGAGAGCAGCUAGCUAGCUACACGUCCCUUUUUGGCAGUCUGGCAACUUCGACUGUGAGCAGCAUAAGCUGAAGUCUUCGCAGAGGGACAAGGUACGGCAGUUCAUGUCCUUUACACAGGCUGGGGAGAAGACGGCUGUGUACUGCCUCACACAGAAUGACUGGAAAUUAGAAGUUGCUACUGACAAUUACUUUCAGAAUCCAGAUCUCUACUGUAAGGAAUCCAUGAAAACAUCAGUAGACCGGAAAAAGCUGGAGCAGCUCUACAAUCGCUACAAAGAUCCUCAGGAUGAGAAUAAAAUUGGUAUUGAUGGGAUCCAACAGUUUUGUGAUGACCUCUCGCUGGAUCCAGCUAGCAUCACUGUGCUGGUUGUUGCAUGGAAGUUUCGCGCUGCCACUCAGUGCGAGUUCACCAAGAAAGAGUUUCUGGAUGGAAUGACAGAGCUUGGGUGCGACAGCCCAGAGAAACUGAAGGCCCUUUUGCCAAGAUUAGAGCAGGAGCUCAAAGAUAGUGGGAAGUUCAAGGACUUCUACCAGUUCACCUUUAACUUUGCCAAAAAUCCUGGACAGAAGGGUCUAGACUUGGAGAUGGCCGUAGCCUACUGGAAUCUGGUUCUGUCAGGACGAUUUAAGUUCCUUGAUCUUUGGAAUAGAUUCCUUUUGGAGCACCACAAACGAUCCAUCCCAAAGGACACAUGGAAUCUAUUGUUGGAUUUUGGAAACAUGAUUGCAGACGACAUGUCAAACUACGAUGAAGAAGGAGCAUGGCCAGUCCUUAUAGAUGAUUUUGUGGAAUUUGCUCGACCAAUUGUAACAGGAUCAAAACGUAAAACUUUCUAAAUACAAUUCCAUCUCUGGAAACCCAGAACGUUGUUUCUUUUACAGUGACUUCAUAGUUUUUUUAAGACUUGUACAAAAAAGUGAAAAUUGUAGACUUCAGAAAGAAAACAGAAGCACUUGAAACUGUCAGGAAACCACCUUUCAGGGAGCUGAGUAAAAACUAUGAGAACAACUGGCCACAUUUUUGUCCUCAUGAGACUGAGGCGUCAUAUGGACAUUGCCUGAUUCACCUCCAUCUCUCUCCUGCUGGAUGCUCCGUAUUCUGGACACCCCUCUGCUCGGCUCCAGGAGGAGCACCACCUGACAGGCCACAGUCCUGUAAGUGGGGAUGGACAUAGCACUAAGAGGAGGUUCACCUGCUAUGUGUACUCUAAAGGGACUGGAGAGGAGAAAACUGUGUGUUUUAAGAUGUGUCCUUGUCAGCUUUGUUUUGUUAUAUGAAGCUCUGAGUGACUGUGCAAAGUUCCCAUGUCUUGCUCUAACUUUAAGACCGAGUGCUCACUACACCAGCACCGACAGAACUGUUGCAGUUUUUACUGUACAUACUGUAUCUAUUGGGACAGUUUACAAAGAGAGCUAUAUGAAGAAUAAUAUAAAUAUGUUCAAUUUAUAAAUGCAAAAGAUGAAUCUUUUAUGUACAGUAAAUGCUAAGAUCUCUAACAGGAUGCCUCGGUAUCAUGGAUGAUGCUCUUGGUUUAAUUAUUAGGUCGAUCUGUCAAGUCAUGGAGUUGUGAGUUCCUAAUUGAAAGCAUGUUAAACACAUUUCACGUCACCUCGGGCUGGUUUCACAAAUACAUUUUCACUAAGUGAAAAGCAGUGCUUUAAUUUAGACAGUUGGUAUUGGUUUGUGGUGUUCAUGUGUCAGAUUGAUCUGAGUUGGGAGUGGGUCUUAAAUCCUAAGUGUGACCUAGUCAGUCCUAUCCACAGAACCACGAUUGUGCUUUCAAAAGAUAAUUUUCUAACUGUUGAGAAAAGAGCUUUGUUUUUAUCAGAUGAUCCCUCUGAGAUAUUAAUGAUGCUAAAGCAACUAUUGAGCAGCAUUUAAAUGAACUUUAAGAUUAAGAAGUUACAGACCCUUAGGAUUGCAUGGCACAUAUCUGUAUGUUAUGGCAAUGCGAUGAGAACACAGGACACUGAAGAGAGAGGGCAACAGCAGGACGAUAAAGUAAGCCUUAAGAAUAAGUAUCUCUGUUCAAUAUUUAUGUUUCUGUUCAAGCCCAUCUGUCCAGUGUUACAGAAGGUAGUGAAAAUUAGAAUAUAUUGUUGAUACAUCAUGUAAGUAGCCUAAGUAUAUUGUUCAUUUAAGAAAGAUGAAUAAAGCAUGAGUUUUUCCAUAA